ACGGUGCCGCCUCCGACAGGGCGGGCCCGCUCGCACUCGUAGGCUGGAGGGCGAAGUGGCCGCAGGGCGUCGCGGAAGGAACCGCCGCCUCCGAGCCUCGCACCGGCGGAUCCCCAUGUGGCGGCGGGGACGCCUUGGGGCCCCUGCAGAGACGGCGACGGGGGGGCGCCCAUGACUUGGACGAGCAGCAUGAGUAGCGGCUACAGCAGCUGGGAAGAAUCGGAGUCCGAGGAGUUUUUCUUCACGGCUCGCACCUCUUUCUUCAGGAAGCCCUUCGGCCAAGCCAAGCCCAGCCUGCAAGAUGUUCAGAAGGAGAGAGAAACUCAUAAUUACCUCACCAAGGAAGCAAUCAAGGAAAAAGUCCAAAUAUACAAUUCAGAUGUUACUGACAAGCUAAAGAUGACAUUGAACGCAAGUGGAAUAUACACUGGCUUCAUCAAAGUUCAGAUAGAACUUUGCAGACCUAUCACGAUACAGACUUCUGUGAAUGGAGGGAAGCAUCUCAACAGCAAUGAGACAACUUUUUAUUUGCCUAAUGGCUAUAUGAACACUCUUCAUAUCAGCAGUACCAACACAGUCCGUGAAGUUAUUGAGGCUUUGCUCAAAAAAUUUCUGGUGCCUGAUAAUCCUGCCAAGUUUGCACUUUAUAAACAAUGUCACAAGGAAGAUCAAGUUUAUAUGUGCAAGCUCUCAGAAACAGAACAUCCUCUCUAUUUGCGGUUGGUGGCUGGCCCAAGAACAGAUAUGCUUAGCUUUGUUUUGCGUGAGCAUGAAUCUGGGGAGGUUUUGUGGGAAGCCUUUAGCCUUCCUGAACUACAGAACUUCCUGCGUAUUCUGGACAAAGAAGAAGAUGAGCAACUACAAACCUUAAAAAAACGCUAUGCAGUAUACAGGAAAAAACUUGAAGAAGCUCUUGAUGGAGUUUGGAUUCCAAGUUAAAAGGGGGUCAAAGAAUACUCAGGGAAGACAUAUGUUGCUCAAUUUUAUGUAACUUGCCAGAUCCAGUAUCUUUAGCAAAAUGAGUUUCAGAAAGAAUAAUUUGUUUCCUAAAGGCAGUUUUAUAGAUUGAUAUAAUUAUAUUUUGCAUGUAGGAGCAUACAGAAAUUGCAAUAUUUGCAAGCUUUUGUUUAUGCUAUGUCUUGAUUUUUCCCUCUAGUUGCAAUUGUCAGAGAAGUCUGUUUUCAAAGGCAGUAAGAAAUGAAGAUUUUCUGUUUUAAUGUUAAAACGAUGGGUGUGUGUGUGUAAAUUUUGAUAUCUUACUCAAACUCAGUUUAUAAUAAGAAUUAGUAAACUGUUUGAUAGCAGAAAUGAUUUUGACUGCCUGUUUUCAAGUAUUUCUUUAUAAUUUUGCAAAUUAAAUUAUUUUUAUACAUUGAAGAGAAAUAAUGCUCAAAAUGUUAAGUUAAGGUUGUUCAAGCAAAUGGAGCUAUAGAAGAUAUAAUGGAAGUUGAAAAGAAGGUAAGAGUUGGAGAAAAGAAAUGUUGAAAUAAUGUUGAAAAGAGAUUGUUUUGCAGUUGGUUAACCGUAAUGAGUAAGAAAGUUGAAGGAUUUUGUUGUUCAUUACUGAAAUUAAUAUAUUCAGUGCUAUUAUUGAAGAGGGUUUAUUAAAUAUAGUAGAGAGUAAACCAUGUGAUAUGAAGUACAUGGUUACAAACCUAUAUGAAGUUUGGGAUAUGCUCAAAUAUUGUAGAGAUUUUUAUGAAUCUAAAAUCAACAUUAAACUGUUAAUGUGGAAUUCUUAUAAUUUAUUAAAUGUCCAAAUGUCUAUUUGAAUUCCUUUGAAUAUACAGUUUAUCUCUUGGGAAAGAGAUAAAAAUUAUUUUUAUGAUGUUAUUUUAAUAUACAAUUUCCUCCAUUUGAAACAGAGUGUUAUUUUUACUUAUACUCAUUGCACUGUGAAUAAUGACAAUCUAUAAUUUUUAAUUUCUAUUCUGAAAAGUCAUCUAAAAGUUGACUAGGAUUCUAGGUGCAAGAUAUUUGUGAAAAGGGAAAAUUUGCAGUUAAUUAGCAGUAUUUUUUCCUCAAAAAAUAGUUUAUCUAAGGUAUUUAUAACAAAACCAAAGAAAUGGAUGUGCAAUAAAAACAUUUAGAUAAAUGUAUAACAGAAGUUGUUGUGCACAGUAUUUGCAGCCAUCAAUCAGAAUAUAUUCACUUGGGAUAAAUUUAAUUUCCAUAAUUUAAAAUAAUCACUUUGGCCAAUCUUUUUAAAAAUGUAAUCAUUUGGACAUUUACUUUAAAAAUUUUGAGGAACAUCCUUAGAAAUGGUGACAUCUAGUGGAUAUUGCAGGCAACACUAAUUUAUUAUUAAAAAGUGCCUUCAUGUCAAUCUUUGGUUGCUUUUCUUGUCAAAAUAAGAUUAUAAUUUUCAAAGUGCAGAGACAAUCUUUACUACAAUAGAAUAUUAAUACUAUUUUGAAAUUUGUGGUUAAUAUAUAACGACAUAUCUUGUUUUGUUUUCUGUUCACACUUCACUGUACUACUCUGUAUUUGUCUUAUAUUUCAUUGGAAAUAGAAUCAAAAUUACAUAGAAUAGUGGUGCUUGACUGCAACAAUGUUUUUUUCCCCUGAAGAUACUAAGUCAGGCCAAUGGAUCACUUUGGAUAUUAUUAAUCAUCUAAUGAAGCAGUGACAUAUUAAUGCUGUUUUACUUUAUAUUUUAUCUUAUAGUAUGCAUCCUGGGUUCCACUAUAGUUUGUUUCUAAUAUAAUGUGCACAUAAAUGACCAGUAUGCAGACAUUACUCCUGAUUACUCCUGCAUAAAGCAUCACUGAAAAAAGGGCAUUAAUUGAGAGCAGUGUAAAAAGUCUGAGGUAAAACAAAGAAUGCUUGGGGAGAUUGUUUCCCAUUCCAUAUUCUGUCCUUGCCACUGAAUAUUUGUUCACUUGCUCCAUGUUCAAGAUAUAAUUUCUUUCCCUACCUUAUCUUUCUAGGAAAUAUCACUUCCUUGUUCACUCUUUAGCGUAAAUCCAAAGCCACAUAAGAAAGCAAUGUUGUUUGUCUAAAAGAGCACACCGUAUAAAAGUAGUAUUACAUAUUAUGUUAGAACUGGUGAAAAAUAAAUAUCACUGUAGUAAAUCAAAUCAGAAGUUAUUUUUCUGUGUAUGUGGAUGCAGGUAUGAUUUCAGAAUGGUGAUUUGAGAGUUUUCCAAUUUGACUCUUUUUCCUUAACUUGCUUAUUGAAGCAGUUAAGCUGUAAACCAGAGUCAUUUAACUGUAUUAAGAUAAAGCAUUUAAUGUUCUAGGUUUUUUUAAACAUCUGAUCCUAAGUUUGAAAUAUUGUUUUUGAAUAUUGAAUGACAAUUUGCAAAUAUGUGAAUUAUAAUUUUAACUUGAACUUUGUUUUCUUACUCUUUUUUGAUGUGUUUUAUGUACUACAGGUUGGAGUAAGAAAAACAGUUUGUAUUAAUCCAGACAUUCUUUUUCUUGGGUUACUGCUAUUAUUAUUUUUAAUUAUAAAGAGACUCGGUGAUUAUUUUAAUGUAGGAUUCAAUUUUUAUUUUAGUGUAACAUUCCUAAUCUUCAAAGAUGUUAAGGAUGUUGUGUUUUGAUUAUGUUAAUGAAGAAUAGGUUGGAGAGGACAUGGAAAACACUUUUUGAGAAACAUUAUUUAUUAUUUUUGAGUUUUUUUAUACAGAAAUCCAAUUCCCUUUGAUGUAAAGAAAAUACUGUAAGUUUUCCAUAAAUAAAGCUGAAGUUGGCAUUGUACUGUA